AACGGAUCUCUGCAGCCGCGCGGGGACGACUUCACAGACACUCCAUCUAGUCAGAGUCCGGGACAACAAAGUAGGACAUGUCCGAGUUCUCGCUCUGGGGACAGCGGCACUGUUUAUGUCAUUAGAGGAGGUGAGGUGAUAGACGGGCGACAGGAGCGAGGGGUCAGAGGUCAUACCCAGAGUGGCAACAUGAUGGUCGUUUUGAAGAUGAAGUAGCAGCAGGUCAAGUCAACAAAUCUUGAGUCUAAUUCAGGUCCUAAACCCCCCGUGUUCCAGGUCAAGUCCCCGUUACCUGGGCGGUAAGAGUCACAUGGUUUACCCCCAAUCUCCACCCUCAUCCUGAUCGUCGACUAAAAGGUCGUAUCCUCCGAUCGUAGCUGAUCGUAACCAUUCAAGAAUUGGCGGAUCGGAGCCGUUUCAGAUGGAAAUUGGGGGUCAGAGUGGAUUCACUAUAAUCUGAGUCCUGAAUGAGUCCAAACCACCUGAACCAGAGUCUGGGUCCAGUUACUUGAUUCAGAGUCCAAAGUGGGUCCCUAUUUUACAGGUUUAAGAAGGUCGAGUCGUCGUUAUCAGAGUCCACAUAUCUGUGUCAGAUCGAACCCCCAUAAAUGAAGACAGGGUUCAGGUCGGCCCCCCUUUAACUGAGUCACAGUCCAAAGUGAACCCUGAUGAGUCUAACUGGAGCUGGAGUCAAGUCCUGAUUUUAUGAAUCAAAAUCUGAGUCCAGUCCAGAUGAUCCGAGUCAGAAUCAGAGUCUGAGUUCAGUCCUUAUUGUCCCAGUCAGAGUCUCAGACCUGUCCCUGUUAUUUUAGUCCAACUCUGAGCUGAGUCUCAGCUGUUUUAGUCCGAGUCUAAGUCAAGUCCCAAAGAUCUCUGUAAGAAUUUGAGGGGGGUCUGGACUAUCUCAGCAGGACUUCAGCCCCAGCAGUCAGAACCACGGUUAGUUCGGAUCAGAGCCUGAACUGAGACUUGUGGUCUCGAGUCUGGUCCUUUUUGGGUCACCACUUUAUGAGUCUUUGGUGGUACCUGAGUUCACCUUGGAUCAGGAUCUUCUAGGACUGAUCAAAAACUAAGAAACAGUCUUGAGGGGUGAAGACCACAGUUCUCCAACAGUUCUGGGCCGUAGAACCAAAGACUAGAGAGAGAGCUGCUAGAUCAGAGUAGUAUAGACAGUAGAACACCAGAAGCUGCAUCCUCGGUCGGCAGCGUUAAUACUGUCGUUGUAAAUGAAGUAAACGUCGUUGCUGCAGCAGGCGAGAACAGACAGGAGGAGCUAAAGCUGAAGUGAAAGUAAAAGUAGGUCAACGUAGAAGAAGAAGAAGAAGAAGAAGAAGAAGAAGAAGAAGAAGGAGGUUCAGUAGUAACAGCAGGUUCAGAGCUGUAGUGAUAGUUCAGGAAAUCCUUCACUGACUGCAGUAGAAACAGUGUUUGAGUGGACGUCCUCUCUGGACAGAAACAUCAGAACACUGAAGGGUUCAUAUGAGGGGACGACAGCCCGGUAUCCCAGAAGGCUUUGCUCUGUAGUUCCCAGGGUUAGAAGACAGAAUAGACAGGAGGAUAAUAGAUCAGAAACACCACCUGGAGCUGCUCUCUUUCCUGUCCUGUCUCUUUAAGAAAACAAACCAUCAGAUCUGAUUAAAGUGGUUCUGAGGACUCUGAGGGUUUGGACUGAGAGCAGCCUGGAGGUCCGGACUCUGGAGGACUUUUGGGGUUUUCACCUGUUUUCUUGAUAAAUGAGUUUCUGUGCUGAUGUAAAGCCUCUGGACUCUGAUGAUGAAGAGGCUGACAGAAUCAAAUUAGACCUCCUCCUCCUCUUCUUCUCCUCCUUUUCCUCCUCCUCUUUCUCCUUCUCCUCCGUCUUCCUGUCCCUCUCAAGUCUUUUCCGCCUCCUUCCUUCAGGAUCUUGUUUUAAUAAUAAUAAUAACACAUUUUAUUUGUAUUGCCUUUUACUUUAAGUGAUUUCAAAGGUUUUCAUCUUAAAAUAAAUAAAAUUCACAGUAAAGGAAUAAAAUCAGUUUAUUGGUUAAAAAAACGAGAGAAACAUUUUAUUAAAAGAGUAAAAGUAAGAUAAUCGAUGAGGACGGACCAAAAGACCUUUUUUAAAACUAUUUUAACUAAAAGUCAAUUAUUUUCAUCCAUUAUCCUGAUUAAACACACUGUUAUCUUGCUCAUACAGUUUAGAGAAAUUUACCGAGUUGAACAAGAUUUAGUUUGUUCACAAAAACAACUUAAAGUCCUGAAGGUUUAAUCUUGUUUCCUCAAGUUAUGAUCUUGAUGCACAAACUGUUCUAUCCAUAAAGUAUGAUCAGACCUCUGAUAACAAGAAUCCUGAUCAGAUUAAUCAUUUGUUUUGUUGUUUUAUAUUAAACCAUUUUUAUCUUGUUUUAAAAACCUGGAAUCUUGCUAAUACAGGAUAUCUUGUUCCCUCAGGUUUUAAUCAUGUUCAAACAAUAAUUAUAUCAGUUUCACAAAAACAUUGAUCUUGUUUUAUUACAUAUAUUCAGGUCAUACUUUGGAGUUUUAAUGAAUAUCUUGUGCGACAGAUUUAAUAUCUUGACAAAUCAUCUUAUGAAUAUUGUGACUCCAUCUUGUUUUUUUGGUCAUAAGUUACAAUAGUUUAAAAAAAAAAAGUCAACUAGUUAAUUGACGUUACCAUGUCUUGUAAGAUAUGAUCUUGCUCACACACAGUUUUCAGCCCAUCCAAAAGGUAUCUUGUUUGCACAUUUUUAUGCCGUCUCAACAAAUAUUUAGAAGAAAAUUAGAAAAGGACCACAAAUGACCUUUUUCUGACUUUGUUAUCUUGUUCGAAUGAUCCUGCUCACAUAUAGGUGAUCUCUUUUAGCUAAAUCAGUAUCUUGUUUGCAUAUUUUGUCUUCUUUCAAUAAGAAUCAAUCGUCAGCAUAAAGACUUGACCCCUGAAUUAUCUUGUGAGCGUGUCAUUAAAGUCUUUGUGUUUAUAAUCUGCAUCAUGUUUUCAUUUUAUCAUGACUGCAGAAAUGAUCUUGUUCUCUGAGUUUUAGCACAAAUUUAUUCAAAACAGCGAGUGAAUUUGUAGAAAUAAUCCUGUUUCGACCUGAUAAACUGUUCUUUUCUUCCAUAGGUAUCUUGUUUGCAGGAGUUAUGAUUUUGUUUUCUCAAGAUACUUUCCUCGCAACAAGAUUUUCUGAUUCUCAGAGCUCUUCGACAUUUUAUACAGAAGUUUCCCCGACCUCACAAAUGAAUAUCUUGUUCACUAGAGAAAUAAUCUUGUUCAAACAGGAUCUUUAGCUGGAGUGCACAGUGUAAAGGUUCCUGUCGUAGCCUCCGUCGUGUGAUUGGACGCUCUGAUGAGCGCAGGAUGGCGUCUGAGCGUGUUUGAUGUUGACGUGUUUGUGGUGUCUCUCAGGCAGGAGUGCGUGGCCACAGAGGAGAGUCCUCAGGUCUUCUUCUGCUGCUGUGAAGGAAACUUCUGCAACGAGAGGUUCACACACCUGCCCGACGUCACCGGACCGCGUGAGUCUGCCCUCUGAUUGGACCGCAGGAUGUGUGGUCGAUCCGUGUGUUUUCCCAGUGUGGGUCUAAUUCUGAUAUUUUCUGAUUGUGUGUUUUUCUGUUCGGUCUCGUGUUUCAGUGAUCAAAGCUCCGCCCCCCAGCGUGGGCGUGUUAAAUGUGAUGGUUUACUGCCUGCUGCCCGUCACCAUGCUGUCGGUGGUCCUGCUCACAGCUGUGUGGAUGUACCGACAUCGAAAACCUCCGUACGGACACGUGGACAUCGCUGAGGUGCUCACACACACACACACACACACACACACACACUUAAAUAUCUGUAACGUGAGGACCACAUCCACGUCUGAAAUCCUUUUAUUUGAGGCCCCAAACGGCGGACUGCUCCUUUACAGUAAAACGUCCCUGUUGGGCAAUAAUUUAAGGUUAGGGAGGAUCGUGUCUUUUGUUCUUCCAGUCAAGAGAGUGAUGAGACAAAGACGUGAGCAAAAAGGAAGGAAGGAAGGAAGGAAGGAAGGAAGGAAGGAAGGAAGGGAGCACUGUCCUCAUGUUGAAAAUCUCUCUUAUUUUAUUUGAAUCACAAAGUUAAACUCAGACACACUGUCUGCCUCUCACUACCUGUUUAAACUCGAUGUUGUGGCUCCCUCUAGUGGUCGGCUGGUAUCUCUGGGUUUUUAAUAAUAAUAACAAUACAUUUUAUUUAUAAGUACCUUUCUGGGCACUCAAGGUUAUUCUACAGAGUAUAAACAACAAGAUAAAAACGACAGAGAAAACAAAACAUAUAUAUCUAUGUGUGUAUAAAUAAAAGAAACAAAAACAUGACAGGGUACUACUGCUGGUCUUUGUCAUGAGACAAAACGGUCUUUGAUAAACUGUGAUGGCCAUUAUUUUUGAAUAUGAAAUUAAAACUGUAAGCCGAGGUUUUUAGAGCGCUGAUACCCUUAAAUAAUCCAGUGUACAGAGGAGAAGUGGACCAUAAAACUAAGUUCUUUCAGGAGGAGUUUGAUGAAGAAGAAACAAACACAAAAGAUAAGAUAAGAUGUUCCUUUAAAAGAGAAAAAUGAAAAGAUAAAGAUACUUUGAGUUAAAAUAAAGAUAUAUAAAUGCGUCAUAUUUACAUCUGAACAGACUUGAUAUAAUAAUAGGAUUUAUUGCACAUUGAGGUUCCUGUUGUCUUCUUUCAAUCAAACUAACUCUCCAGUUUUUCGACUCUCUUCUUCCUGUGCCCGUCAGGAUCCUGGACCUCCUCCGGCCUCCCCUCUGCUCGGACUGAAGCCCCUGCAGUUGCUGGAGGUGAGAGCCAGGGGGCGCUUCGGCUGCGUGUGGAAGGCCCAGAUGAUGAACGAAUACGUGGCUGUUAAGAUCUUCCCCAUUCAGGUGUGCGGCGGAUAUUUCCUGACACUCCUCUCAUGUGUUUUUCCUUCACCAUCAAAAACCUGUGUAACAUCUCCUCCUCUUCCUCUUCCUCCCCAUCUUCGUCUUUCUCACAGAACAAGGAAUCAUGGGAGAACGAGAAAGACAUUUUCUUGACUCCGGGUAUGAGACACGAGAACAUCCUGAGGUACAUCGCAGCAGAGAAGCGAGGGAGUCACCUGGAGGCCGAACUGUGGCUCAUCACUGAGUUCCACGAGAGGGUGAGGAAGAGGAGGGAUGAAGAUGGGGGGCGUCAGUAGAAGUUAGAAAUGUGGUCAACAUUCCGCCUCGGGAACAUCGUGUUGAAAUCAGUGAUCAUGUGACAGAGCUGUUGGAUUUAAGAGCUUAGAUAUAUAAAGUGUUGUAUCGUCAGCGUAAAGAUGAAUUUUCAGUCUCACCUCUGAUCGAAUAAAUCAUCCUCUGGUGACUCUGACUCACUUCAGCUGUAAAUAGUUCAGAGUUUAUGUCUCUGACUGAUGACACAGAUAAUUAAUUCUUAGAUCUUGACUGAUUUUAACCCCCAGUUCCUACUCUGUCCGUUUUUAGGACAUUUGUCAUUUUUUCAUCUUUAUUUUGAGCUGACAGUCACAGUUUUUAAAAAUUGGAAAAUCAAAUUUGGUGGGAGUUUUUAUUUUUCUUCAUAUUAAAAAAAUAAACUCUGUCACCUGUAGUUCUCCGUCGCUCCAUUUUAGCUCCACCCACCCUACUUUGUCCGCAAAUCGGCCAAUAGACUUUCAUUAAAAACAGUUUUUUUUGACCGUGUGUUUAUGGCUCCAUAACAACGUAUUACAACCCUUUUUAAAAAAAAUGAGUUUUUGGUGAAAAUCAUCUCUUAAAGUGAUUCAGAGAUGAUGAAGACCAAAAACUCAUUUUUGUCAAAAAUGACUUAGGCCAUAGGGAACCGAAGUCAUGCUAACUUCCGGGUUAGCAUACGGUCCUAUGGAGCCCAUCAAAAUGAAUGGACAGAUAUAUAUAACUACUGGUCCGCUUUGGUAUAGGGAACCGAAGCCCCUACACAUUUCACAUAUAAUGUUUAUCAUGUUUAAAUUUACAUUUUAACCUCGAAAAAGCCGUGAUUUUAGACAUGUUGCUAUAACUACAGUUUAAUUUAGAGUGAGACCACGUAAUGAACUACACCGCUCGUCGCACUAUUUUUGCGUCACUGUCUAAGCUUUGACAGACGACGAUGGCGGUGAAACGGCGAAAGGAACAUCCUGCUGAACUAUUAUGGUGACAUUCUGGCACAAAACACACAGGCAUUUUGGCAAUGAUAACGAGUUGACAGGAGUUGUCAGCUAGCUCGAAGUAGAAAUACUGACGUGACGUCAUUUACGCGACUUCUUGAGGUCUGUAGUCUCUCCAUUUACGUGUUUUCAAAGACAAAUAGAUCAACAAUUACACAACAAACAUAGCCUUUAUUUACCUUAAUGGUUAUCAUUUAAGUUAAAAUACAACAUAUUUGUGACUCAGGGUGUAAAACAAAGCGGACCAGAAAAUACCAUAGACCUGUCCAUUCACUCCUAUUAUCCCAAUAGGACCUAUAGCGCUAACGCGGAAGUGGGCGUGGCUUCGGUUCCCUAUUCCUGUAUUCCUCAUUAAAAGGCGCACCAUCAAUGAACGCGUCUAUUUGCAUAUUUUCAUACAUAAGGUGCACCGGAUUAUAAGGCGCAUUAAGCCAAACAAAACAGUCAGUAACUCUGCAGUCCUUCCUCGGCGCCCUCAUGUUGUAUUUUAGAGACGUUAUAAAGGCUCUGGUGUCUCCAUCAGACCUGGGUUCAGUCCAGACUAAGUAAAUGUCACUGCGCUGAUAUCACACGGUCUGUGGAUGUCGGUUAUUGCAGAUAUUCAGUCAGUCUGACUCUGGAUUGUAAAUAUUAAACAUGUUUGAUAUUUACAGUCCCCCAAAAAAUUCAAUAAUUUCAGUUUUUUUAUUGAAUCCAGGAAGAGAAAUUCAUCAUCUGAGCGUUUGAUUUAAUACCGUUCUUACUGUCUCUGCAGGGCUCUCUGUCCGACUUCCUGAAGGGUAACAUCAUCAGCUGGUCCGAGGUGUGUCACAUCGCCGAGUCCAUGGCGUGCGGCCUCGCUUACCUCCACGAAGACAUCCCCAAACAGAAGGGGGAGGGACCCAAACCGGCCAUAGCUCACAGGUCAGUGUGUCACAGAAAACAACUGAAGUAACGCCUACAGAGUCACAAAGCUUCACACGCUGCUUAAAUUAUUGAAGUGGCGGUAGAUAACCACAUCUGAGCAGGAAGUUUCAGCCAAUCAGAUUCAUUUGUGAUUAUUCAGAACAGUUUGGUUUGUUCGGCUUCCAUGUGGAAACUUCAGACUCUCACUGUUGUCUUGUUAACGUUGUUUUUAUGUCUUUUUAGGGAUUUUAAGAGUAAGAACAUCAUGCUGCGAUCAGACCUCUCCGCUGUUAUCGGGGACUUUGGUCUUGCCGUCCGCUUCGAGCCGGGACAACCACCAGGAGAGACCCACGGACAGGUGAGCUGCUCUGACUGACGGACUGGAGCGUGGCGAACUCUGAACUUUGCUUCACAUAUGUUGUGUAUUUGUGUAUAUGUGUAUAUAUGUGUUUGUGUAAAUGUGCAGGUCGGGACGAGGCGUUACAUGGCUCCAGAGGUUUUAGAGGGAGCCAUCAACUUCCAGAGAGACGCCUUCCUUCGUAUCGACAUGUACGCCGUCGGGCUGGUCUUGUGGGAGCUGGUGUCCCGCUGCAAGGCUGUGGAUGGUAACACACACACACACACACACACACACACACACACACACACAAAAUACAUACACACCAGCCAAUAACAGCUGGUGAAAGUGUCACACAGUGAAGUUCAGGGUUAGAAAAUUAGGAAGUAACGUUGUGUAUUUGUGUGUAUAUACACAUGUUUAAGUCUCAUAUUUUGCACACUUGUCAAUUCCAGGUAGCCCCGCCCCUUCACACUGAUGAUGGCGCUGAGCUCAGUUUAUGUAGAUUAAAAUAACCUGAAGACGUUCACGUUCAUCUUCAGUAUCGUCUGCUUCAACCCUCAGGACUCGGCCGUUAAAACUAAAUGAAUUAUGUCAUUAUAAUAAAGACAUGAAAACACCGACCUCUGUAAUUCUACUGAGACUGUCAUUAAAAAAAUGAGACCUUUAACUCUUUAGGAAAACUUUUAAAUCAACUCAGGAGUCAGGUCAAGUUUCUCACAGACUUCUGAACAAUAUGACUGAUUUUCACUCCCAGUGGAGUCGCCCCCUUGUGGUCAUCUAACAGACUACAAGAUUAAGUAUGCAGCUAACAUCUCUGAUGGAUGUUAACUUUGAUUUCAGGGAUUAUAUGGUUCUGAUCGUUUUGAAAACAUUAAACAGAAACUCUGUAUGUGUGUGUAUUUGAGACUUGUCUCUGUGCACUUGUGGGGACCAACUCCCUGAAAGCAAACCUGUCAUGUGGGGACGUUCUUAAAUACUUGGAUAAGAAACACGUUAGUUCUCUUGUUCACUCAAAUAAAACAGACAGUUGCCCUUGCAGCAUUAAAAACAUGCACGUGUGUGUGUAUCUCAGGUCCGGUGGACGAGUACAUGCUGCCGUUUGAGGAGGAGGUCGGUCAGCAUCCGUCACUAGAGGACCUACAAGAAGUUGUCGUCCACAAGAAGAUGAGACCGGUCUUCAAAGAUCUCUGGCUCAAACACAGCGUGAGUGUUCGCGCACACACACACACAAAUAAAAGCAGGACUUUUAUUUUGAAAAUACUAACAUGGUCCUGUUCCUGCAGGGUCUGGCUCAGAUCUGCGAGACGGUGGAGGAAUGCUGGGACCACGACGCCGAGGCUCGACUGUCCGCCGGCUGCGUCGAGGAGAGGAUCUCCCAGAUCCGCCGGCUCACCACCACCAUCACCCCGCCUACCUCCGACCACCACCCCCUGCUGGUCUCCACUCUGGCUCCUGUUUCCAUGGUAACCAACGUGGACCUACCGCCCAAAGAGUCCAGUAUAUGA